AUGGAUAUAGUCAUUAUUGUCGAGGAGUUGAAUUCUAAAGAAGAACUUGAAGAACCCAGAGGAUUUUCUGUUGUGCCUUCAGUUGGUGCAAGUGCGUCAUGUUUCAUCAAGGGAGCGGAAAAGAGGAGGAAACCAAUGACUCCACGCACCUCCAAAGUCAAAAAGAUUAAAAUGAAGGCUUACUCGUCUUAUAAGGACAGAUUCAGGACAAUGAAUGAUGGGACAAUUCGUCGCUGGAGGGAGGGCAAGAAUCAUAAUGCACACUUGAAGUCAAAGAAAUCAAAACGUAGACUUAGACAACCAUCUACUGUCCCUGCAGCCUAUGCCAAAGUUAUGAAGAAGCUUAAUUUCUGUGGUUAA